CUGUCUGAAGGAUCUAUGUUUGGCCAUGGUCUCAAGCAUCUUUUCCAUAGCCGCAGACGGUCCCGAGAACGGGAGCACCAGAACUCCCAGGAUUCAUCGCAACAACACCAUGGCAUGUCUGACCACGACUCCCCUGAUGAAAAGGAACGCUCUCCUGAGAUGCACCGUGUCUCCUACGCCAUGUCUCUCCAUGAUCUCCCAGCUCGACCCACUGCCUUCAACAGGGUGUUACAGCAGAUCCGUUCCCGUCCUUCCAUCAAGAGGGGAACCAGUUUGCAUAGUGGCAGCCGCCGAGCCAAGAGUGGCUCCUUGGAACCCCAGAAGAGCAGCCCGCAUCUUGUCCGCAAGGCCCCUCAGGAUAGCAGCCUGACAGCAAUACUGCAUCAACACCAAGGCCGACCGAGAUCUUCAUCCACCACAGACACUGCCCUCCUUAUGGCCGAAAGCGGGACCGUGUACCUCCUGACGGAAGAGUCAGAAUGCCUCAGCGACAAGUUGGAUAAAGGGGAUGUGAGCCAACUCAGCCUGCCUUCCAAUACAAGCCAUGGUGACGCCGACGGCAAUAUCUGCCUUGAUGUUCCAGAUGGCAAUCCAGACCCACAAAGGACAAAAGCUGCCAUUGAUCAUCUGCACCAGAAGAUCCUCAAGAUCACUGAGCAGAUCAAGGUUGAGCAGGAGGCACGAGACGACAAUGUGGCUGAGUACCUAAAGCUAGCUAACAAUGCCGACAAGCAACAGGCCUCUCGUAUAAAGCAGGUCUUUGAGAAGAAGAACCAGAAGUCAGCCCAGACCAUUGCCCAGUUGCAUAAGAAACUUGAGCAUUACCACAAAAAGCUAAAGGAGAUUGAACAAAAUGGGCCCUCGCGCCAGCCCAAAGACGUCUUCCGGGACAUGCAUCAGGGCCUCAAAGAUGUAGGGGCCAAUGUCCGUUCCAGCAUCAGUGGCUUCGGAGGUGGUGUAGUGGAGGGUGUCAAGGGCGGACUAUCAGGCCUUUCUCAAGCUACACACACUGCUGUGGUCUCCAAGCCUCGUGAGUUCGCAAGCUUGAUCCGUAACAAAUUUGGCAGCGCGGACAACAUUGCCCACUUGAAGGACCCGCUGGAUGACGGGCACCCUGAGGAGGCCUCACGGACCCUGAGUGGCAGUGCCACCCUGGUGUCUAGUCCCAAAUAUGGCAGCGACGAUGAGUGCUCCAGCGCCACUUCUGGCUCAGCAGCAGGGAGCAACUCUGGGGCGGGUGCUGGCGGCUUGGGCAGUCCCAAGUCCAACACCUUAGACAGUCACCAUUAUAAUUUUGAGACCAUCAUAGAAGAAUUGAGAGAUAUUAAGGACAUUCAGUCACACCUUGAGGACUCCAUGGAAGACCUCAAGGCCCAGCUGCAACGAGACUAUACUUACAUGACUCAGUGCUUGCAGGAGGAACGUUACAGAUAUGAGCGUCUGGAAGAGCAGCUGAAUGACCUGACGGAGCUUCACCAGAAUGAGAUGACCAAUCUCAAGCAGGAGUUGGCCAGCAUGGAGGAGAAAGUGGCUUACCAGUCCUAUGAGAGGGCCAGGGACAUUCAGGAGGCUGUGGAAUCCUGCUUGACCCGCGUCACGAAGUUGGAGCUUCAACAGCAGCAGCAACAGGUGGUGCAGCUGGAAGGAGUGGAAAAUGCCAAUGCCCGGGCCCUGCUGGGCAAAUUCAUCAAUGUCAUCUUGGCCUUGAUGGCUGUGCUGCUGGUCUUUGUCUCCACCAUUGCCAGUUUCAUCACGCCCUUGAUGAAGACCCGCAUGCGUCUCCUGAGCACCACCCUGAUCGUGCUUUUUCUUUUCCUCCUCUGGAAGCACUGGGACUCCAUUACCUAUCUUCUGGAACAUGUGCUGCUCCCCAGCUGAUUCUUCGGCAGCCACACGCCGGGGUUGCAGGGCGCCUUGUAUUUCCUUGUGGAGCGAGUGGAAAUGAAGAGACUUCCGGUUCAGUUUCUUUGUCCAUUUGGAGUAUGUAAUUCUCACUUGCUUUUCCCUGCACAGCCACCUUUAUUCACGUCCGACAUCACCUUGUCAGUAAGGAGAGUAAUUGCAUCAGGGCUUGUGAGAGGCCAGAUGUGCACGUCACUCUUUUAGGAUGCCUUUGCAAGGGAUUGUAGGAAGGCAAACGACGCCUAUAAAGAGCUCCAUCUUAGUCCUUCUUUAAAGCAGACACAGCGAUGGUGAUGGCAAGAUUUUAUACGCAGGCUAGAAUGACAUUCUCUAGAAAGUGGUUGUUUAGUUUGGGGAGUGUUGUUUCUUCUGCCUGAUAACGACGGUGAAAAGCUCAUUCCUAGACACAAAGCUAACACGUGCAGACAAAGUGUGAACACUGAAAGUGAACUUUUCUUUUUCUAAACUCCUGUCCCUUAGGAACAUGCACUGAGUUCAAGGAGCAGAAUGUACAUAUCACACCAGCUUAUUCAAGUCACAUGGAUACUUACUUUCCAUUCCUGCAGAACAGCCCAUAUGUCAGAAACUCAGCUGGGCAUCUUGUUAUCAUGGGUUUACCAUCUUCACUGGUUGUUUUACCAGUUCAGUUAUGCUCAAUAGAGACAAGAUCUGAGGAAGAAGCAUCUACCAUUCUAGUGCAAACUCAACAUUUUUGGUUGGCUUUGUUUUCAUUCAUUCUUUUUGCUUUUGUUUGAUAUCUUCAGGGACUUACAAGAAAUGCUGACAUUGCAUCUGCGAAUCUUACAAUCUGUGUGUGUGUGUGUGUGUGUGUGUGUGUGUGUGUGUGUGUGUGUGUUAACUUAUUGAUUUCACAGAUAUGUGUUUUUUUUGUGGGGGAGGGCAGGGAUAAAAAUUCAACUGCCUUCACAUCUCCUGUGUCCCUAGAGAGAACGGAAUAUGAAGAGGGCUUUAAAAUGCUUGAAUACCCUUAGUUUGUACAAAAUUAUUGAGUCUCCAUUUGAAUUUGUCAAUGCUUUAUCAAAUUGUACCAGUAGGGAAUUUGCCCAUUACUUGCUCAAAGAGGCAGCCCUUCAUCUCUGCAUACUAGAAUGAUGUUAUUAAUAAAGCAUCAUUGUCAUUGGGCAGAGUCCAUAUGAUGUAGGAUUCAGCCCUCGAAUGGAGAUUUUCUCACAAAAGGGAAAUCAAUCAAUCACCAUUGGCUCUUAUGAAUCCAGGUGUCUUUCUCCAGUUUUUAUUUAAAGAUAGGUAUUCACGCCACUCAUUGGUCACCCCAUCUUGUUUUACACCAAAACUGACAGGGCAGGGCAUGUUUGAAAUUAUCUCGCUGAGGAAUUUGAUAUUAUAUUAGUAUUUGCAAAAGUAUAUAAUUAGUCUUGCUGCCAAAAGGGAGGCUCAGUUGUAAGUUGGGCUCAAAAAAUGUAAGUCAUAGAUCAAAGUUUUGCUCUUCAGUACAAAACUGAGUCUAGAUCUACACAUGCAACAGUACCUCUUCAGACUUAUGGUGUGUGUGUAAGGUCACAUUUUUAUCGCUCAUCUUCAUUAAAAAAAAAAACAUAUUCCCUGGCACUAGAACCUAGUAUAGCAGCUAGAGGGCUGAAUUAGAAUAGACCUUCCAAACCUUGCUAGAUUUCUGCUUGCAAAAGUCUUUUUUAACAUAUCUUCCCUCCCCCCCCCAUAAUAGUUUCCACUUGCUUUCUGAAGUUACACAAUCCACAAUACUUCACAGGACUUUACCACCUCAUUCUGCUGCUUGUAUGGAUUCAGCCCACCCCACAUGUGAAAACCAUGACUGUGAAAAUUUUGAACUGGAGAGAACUUUGAAUAGCUGCCAUAUGGUUAUAGAGACAGGAAAAGGAAAGGUGGCACUGAAACCCAUGAGGAUAAGCACUUGAUGACGUUUUCAUCUCUUGCAAAUGGCUAGUGUGUAAAAUUCUAGAAUCCAGAAAUUGUGAGGUUCCGUACAGGACAGGAAAACUGAAGAGAAUUUUGGCAGGUGCAGCUCCCACCCACAACAACACUACAAUAGAAGCUUCAUCUGCAGAAAUAAUAGUUAUUUCUCCUUGAAUAGUCAUAAGGAGAACGGUUGAACCACCCUAUCUUGUUUGAGAGAGAGAGGAUCUCCGUUUAUGUUGACCUUUCUGUAACAUACUUUCAAAUUUGCCCUUUAUUAUCCAAAACAUGUCUGUUGUUUUUUUACAGAUAUUAUAUAAUCACAGGCAGGGUAAUCAGUAUUUUAGCCCGGGCACCUGCUAUAUACACAGCCUGUAUAUUACUCCUUUCUGGCUCUAAAACUAGAGAUGUGCAUAAAGGCUGAAGCUGAUGAGCCUCCAUAAGGCUUGCGUCUCUUAAACCACCCUGGAAUGUUGGCCUUGGAUCUAUCCUAUAGAAUGCAUGGCCUUUUCCUAAGGAGUCUCUGUGACAAAACUCCAUCCUAUAUAAGCAACAUUCUGCAGUCUGGCUUUAUUAACCCCUGGAGAUGUGAAGAACCCAACCUUUAUUUUAUAUAUCUAUUUAUUUUGUAUCUUUUAUUUCCUAAAGAGUCAGGAAAUCAGUAUACCUUUUCCGGUCAGUUACAGGACCAGCUGGUUUUCUAGUGUAAUCUGCAUGGAUAAUUUAUUGAAUGAUGUCAGGAUGAAUGUUGGAUAAAUUGGAAAAGAGCUCUCAGUGACAACGACGACGAAAGCUAUUCCAGAACAUGAAAUAAAACAGUUUUUUGCCACAAUCCAUGGUGAGAGUGUAUCUGUGUGCAGGACUGGAGCUUUUACCUUUAGUUCUGACCUUGCACACACUAACCCCAGUACAGCUCCCCCUCUCUCCAGUUAAUGAAUGGGAGAGGCAAUUUUGCUGCAAUUAAAUAUUGCUUUGCACUGACUGGGGAUAGAGAUGCUGCUGCUAAAAACUGUUCCAUAAAUGGGGCUAAAUGAGGGUGCCCAUGCCUGCUUUGCACAUAAACUGCUAACAUUCACAAUUAUUCCUGAUCUUUCUUCUUCUUCUUUUACUACCAGCCUGUUUAAGCUCAUGGAUACACCUUAGCAGCAUAUAUUUUGAUUUGAUCAGUUGAAUAUUUUUGAAUAGUACUUUCAAGCAUAAGGUGGUAGAAGAACAGCUGGUGACGUGCCCAAGCUAGCAAGCGCCAGAAGCAAACAACAAUUGCAAUAGUCCUUUGUGGCCUUAGAGUCAUGAUUAUUUACUGAUCUAAAUUUGACUGACAUACUAUCUUUAACCUGCUCCCCUAUCCUGCCUUAACAGGAAUAUUUGUGGCAUGUGGCCACAUCCUAAGUUUUUUUGGAAGCCUAAAUCAAAACUAGUUUAGGACUGUUUCAUGCUUUCUGUUACACCCAUUGUAUCCACGUAUAUGUAUGAAGGAUUCUCAUGUCCACAACUGCAUAUUAAAGCAACAUUUUACACUCGAUGGGGUGGUGCAAGCCCUUGAAGCACUAUUCUAGUGGAGGGAGGAGUUGAUUGUUCACUUAAUUCCAGAUUGGAAAACUGUGGUUAUCCUUUUCACUUGGUCAUUGCAAGCAUAUAGUUAAGCCCAUAAUUAGCAGGAAAGAUGUUCCUUGUGAAUUGGCUGUUAGUGAUUUCAUGUCCACUGUGGGUGGGGGACAAACCCAUAGUCCUAAGUUUCUAGCCCUUAUGACAGACUUGAGUUGGCAAGAUUGUGGUCUUCUAUCACAGAAAAAAACCAAGGCCCACCCCAUGCCAAAAUCCUCUUCUGAAACUGUUUGACUGUAUUUAUUAUGUAUGCUUGAAUCUUGUCCUGCCUCCACCCCGUGAUAAUACAUUGAUAUCCCACUGGAAAGCCCACAAAGAGGAAACUCUGGUUUCAUUUCACUAUAUUUUUCCAUUCACUUUUUCAAAUAAAACGAGUUUUAAAACA